GUGACGUCCCAGGACACAGGGAGGACUCUUAAUACGUCCAGGACUCUCACCGAUAAACAACUUUGAGAUCAAAACAAUCUCUGGAGAACAAGCAACACGGCAGGAUCAUUUCGGUAUAACGGCCACACCCGAGGACAAACACAGUUUUAUUUAGUCGGAUCGCAAUAGAGGCAGAAAUAUGUUUGGAAAACUUCUUUCUCAUCUGCUCUGGAACGCUGGUGAGGACUUUGAGGGAGCAGAUGACACUUUCGAGGAGCUGGUGCAGUUUGAGGAGGGAGGAUGGGUCAUUGUUAACCUGCCAGAGAACAUGCUGCUGUCAGCCCCGGAGGUGGACCCCCUGGAGAACAUGCUGAUCGAGCACCCCAGCAUGUCUGUCUACCAGAUGAGAUGCACCAUGAGUGGAGCGGAGGAGGAGCUCGGCUCUGAUGAAGAGGAAGAUGAAGAGGACUCCUCCAGGCCAGUGAUGCGGCACAUAUCCUGGCGUCUGGCUGCGUGGGGAAUACCUCUGACCUGCAACAUCCAGCUGCUGGAUGUCCAGAGGGCCCAGACCCAGCCUGAGCGGAAGAAGCUGAGCCGCAGCGCGCUGCACAGGCAGAACCUGGCUAAAAUGCGAUUCUCCCCAGCAGAGAAACGCUACGGCAACUUCAAGCCCUGCCAGCGCCUCUGCAACUACUGAGCAGCAGAGAUGGAACUGCUUGUGGGAGGGUGUGUUUCAAGUUGCCUCCACCAUAGCUGUGUAGCACAGUGCCUUGACUCUGAGUUAUUCAGGUUUUUCGCCAUUGUUUCACCUCACACAGUUAAUUCUGCAUAUCCACCAAGGCGAAGCAUUUCAGAUUCACCACAUCCUGUGCAGUUUUUAUUUUUAUUUUAUUAUUAUAGGCAACCUACACGGCAGCCCUCAUGUCUGAAACCACUGAGAACAAAGAAUCCUGACAUCAUGAACGACACAGUCGCGCCCUCAGGUUGGAAAGCAUUUGGUUUAGAUUGAUUAGAUAUAAGUAGGGGUAGGACUUAUAGGAAGUUAGGUGUGUGAACGUUAUUCUAAACGUGUUGUUACGGUGUGACGCUGCUCCAAAUAUGAAAACUAUAAACCUGUAGAGUGCUUAAUUCUUUAAUUAUGAUGCAGUUGGAAUAUUGUGGCACAUUUGGACAGUUUUCUCCUUGGUCGUAUUCAGUAUGUUUUAUGUUAUGCGCUUUAGGGUUAGAUGUUCUUGCCACAAGUGUAUUUAAAGCUCAUUUCAUACCACAGUCUCCUUUUAAUGGCGUCUACUUCAGGAACAAUUACAAAACCACUGUUCAUGUAUUCUAUCGAGUACUCACUCUUUUCAUGUUACACAAAUAGUUUAUUUUAAACGAGUGUAAAUACAGUUGAAUAUUAUGUUUUUCUAUUUGCAUGUAUUUAUAUAAUGUACAAAAAAAAUUAAAAUCUUGUUUUCUUAA